UUAGCUCAGAAGGCUGGUCAUAUUCACCUGACUCCAAAUGGCGCAAGUCAAGCAGACUUAGCAUGCUAAGUGUUAGCAGACUGGCGGUAAACAGAAAACGUUCGUUCUUUCGGAGUGUGUGAAGACCGAUCGAAGUCUGACGUCGUGCGAGGACUCGAUGUGACCCGAAAACACAGUUUUCUCUUUCAGAAUCAUUCGUUUGAUCAUCAGACGUUAACCUGGACACUGAGGACACAAAGAGAGAAAUGCAAAUGAAUGAUACCAAACCAAAUCCUGUUAAUUGUGCCAUAGCGAGGGGGAGACGCUUUCGCACGCUGUCAUCCGCCGACAGAAAGAAAAAGGAAAACAAAAGAAAAAAGACAUGAGAGGAAGACAAGACAGAGAGACAUGCUGGAUGGAGAGAAGACUCUGCUGGAGGUCCUUUCAGUGCCUCAUCAAAGAUGGCCGACGGGAGCAGACAGACGCUUUCAUCGGAAACAGGUGCAGGAGAAUGCUGACAUGCCGCAGUUCAUCAGACCACUUAUGUGCUGGAUGAAGUGCUCAGCCUGCUCUCUUUGACAGCUCACUCACACACUUCAUCGUGUCAACAGAUGAGUGUGGGGUUAUUAAAGGACCACACCUUUGUCCAGAUCCUGUGCGUCUCCAUCGCAAACCCUAAGUGGUGAUGACGACAAGAGCGCCACGUCACCAUGGUGAUGCAGUCGGCCAUGUUGGGCAGGCCGUUCUCCGUCCUCCGGUCCUGGGAGAGGAGAAUGUAAAGGGCGACACAGUUCGACCCGAGAGCUGCGAACCAGAGGGCAGGGCCUCGUCUGACCACGCCCACCCAAGUUGGGCGGAGUCUCUGAACAUGCUGCUGGACGACCAGGACGGAAUCUCGCUGUUUCGGGAUUUCCUCUCUCAGGAAGGAUGUGCUGAUAUUAUUGACUUCUGGUUAGCAUGCAGUGGAUUUCAGUUAGCAUUCUGUGCUCCUCUGAGCUGGUCAUCUACAUCCAUGGACUUGAUGAACAAACGCAGGCUAAAACUUGCUAAAGCCAUCUACAGGAAGUACAUCAUCAGUGGCGGAACCGUGGCGAAGAAAAUCAAACCGGUGACGAAGAGUUUCAUCAACGAGCGAGUCUGUGGCUCUCAGCUGGACUCAGCAUUGUUCCAACAGGCCAAGCAGGAAGUGCAGGAGGUCAUGGAGGUGGAAGUGUAUCCUGUCUUCCUCAAAUCCCACAUCUUCCUCAAGUACACACAAGAAAUCUGCAACGAAUGGGAAAAUCACCAAUGGGACCUAAACAGUCACAAACAGGAAACAGGAAAUGACAAAACGGAACCAAUUAACUCUAAACAAGAAGCAAACAGCGAACAGGACGCUAACGGCCUCACGCCGGAAACAGGAGCCGACAAACAGGAAGUAAACAGCAAAGUACAGGAACCAAAAAGUGGCAAAAAGGAAGUGCAGAGGUUCCUUCCUGAGAUAGUAGAGAAGAGAGAAUGGGCGGAGUCUGAGAUAGUGCCAGCCAAUCACAAGACAUCUGAGCACUGGGAGUCUGGGUACACACUGAAGCCCAGAAUGAUUCUGGGGGGUGUGAAAGCUGGUGCCCACAAAUCGUCCCUCUUACACAAACCUCAUAUACACUGUAUUCCGAAGGAUGUCCAUGCAGAACCUCAUAAGUUUGCUGCUGAUCUGAUCAGCCGUCUGGAGCUUGUUCAGAGGGAGAGAGAGAACUGGAGAAGAGUGAAGGAACAUCUGCACCCAGUCAGUACGAAGGAAAAUGAUGAUGAUGAGGUUUCUACCGCAUCCUCCUUAUGUCCCGCCCACCUAGUCCCUGCUCAUCAUGGCUCCCCCCAUUCCAAGGUUCAGCUGUGUGACACUCACACUGAGAAUCCUGAGAUCAUCCUGGAUCAGCAUGGUCAGUGUGGUCAGCAUGGUCAGUGUGUGACAAGGACACCCAGCUUGAGUUCUCCUACAACACACACACACACCUGCCCCACUGACACCUGGCUUUAUGGAGACAUGACAGGAACCAAUCAGACUGAAGUUCUGAGUUACAGCUCCAGCAGGAAGUGUGUGUGUAAGAGCGUGACAGUGGCGUAUUAUUUCUGCGGUGAGCCGAUUCCAUACCGAACGACAGUGAAAGGUGGAGUCGUCACCCUGGCACACUUCAGAGAGCUGCUCACUAAGAAGGGAGCCUACAGGUGAGUGUGUCAGUAACACACAGGUGAGUGUGUCAGUAACACACAGGUGACUGUGUCAGUAACACACAGGUGAGUGUGUCAGUAAC